GGGCUUUAGGACACUAUCUGCCCCCGGUCGCUCGAGCUGACGUCAAUGCAGCGACGCAGAGGAUUACGGGAGAGCCCGUGCUUCUCAGAUCCCGGCGGCCAGUGCGAUAGGUAGAGUUCCCUGCUGCCAAUGAUGUUUAGAGAAACUUCAGUGAAAUGACUCUUCAAGAAUUGGUGCAUCAGGCUGCCUCCAUUUAUUCAGAUAAAAUAGCUGUAUGUUUUGAUGAGUGCAACAACCAGCCUCCAGUUUAUUACACCUAUAAGACUGUGGUUAAUGCUGCUUCAGAAUUAUCAAAUUUCCUGCAAUUACACUGUACCUUUCAAGGAAUUCGGGAAGUUGGUCUCUACUGCCAUCCUGGGAUAAACUUACCCUCUUGGAUUUUAGGAAUUCUCCAAGUCCCUGCUGCUUAUGCUCCUCUUGAUCCAGAUGCACCACCAGCAUUAUCAACUCAUUUUAUGAAAAAAUGUAAUCUAAGUUAUAUUCUUGUUGAAAAACAGCAAAUUCAUAAAUUCAAAUCUUCCUAUGAAGUAUUAUUGAAUUAUGAUACACUUAAAGAACAUAAUGACCUAGUGCUCUUCAGACUUCACUGGAAAAAUGUUGAAGGGAGCUUGAUGCUAAAUGACAGAAAACAGAAAUAUGAAAAAGAAAAAAUGGCAGACAGCACAAAUUCUGGGAACAGCAAUGAAGAAAAGUCAGAUGAGCACCUGGAUGUGAGGCUAAAUCAUUGCCUGGCCUAUGUUCUCCAUACAUCAGGCACUACAGGGAUACCUAAGAUUGUCAGAGUCCCUCAUGCAUGUAUAGUGCUGAACAUCCAACAUUUUCGGGUACUUUUCGAGAUCACACAGGAAGAUGUUUUGUUUCUGGCUUCACCUCUGACCUUUGAUCCUUCCGUUGUGGAAAUAUUUGUUGCUCUAUCAAGUGGUGCCUGUCUGCUUAUUGUACCAACUUCUGUCAAAGUGCUUCCAUCAAAAUUAGCUGCUGUUCUCUUUUCCCAUCACAGAGUAACUAUUUUGCAGGCGACACCAACUUUGCUUAGAAGAUUUGGAUCUCAGCUUAUCAAGUCAACCGUUUUAUCAGCCAGUACUUCUCUUCGAGUAUUAGCCCUUGGUGGUGAAGCAUUUCCAUCAUUGACUGUUCUCAAAAGCUGGAGAGGAAUAGACAAUAAAACACAAAUAUUUAAUAUUUAUGGUAUCACAGAGGUAUCAAGUUGGGCAACUUUUUACAGGAUUCCAGAGCAGUUUCUUAAUUCUACUUUGAAAUCUGAAUUGCCGGUACCACUGGGAUUUCCACUGCUUGGAACAGUAGUUGAAGUCAGAGAUACUAAUGGUUUCACAAUUCAGGAAGGCCGUGGCCAAGUAUUUUUAGGUGGCAGAAACAGAGUAUGUUUUCUUGAUGAUGAAAUGACAGUACCACUUGGCAUGAUGCGAGCCACAGGAGACUUGGUGAUGGUGAAAGAUGGAGAGAUUUUUUUCUUGGGACGAAAGGACAGUCAGAUCAAACGACAUGGCAAACGUCUUAACAUUGAACUGGUGCAACAGGUUGCUGAAGGACUUCAGCAAGUGGAGUCUUGUGCAGUUACAUGGUAUAAUCAGGAAAAAUUAAUUCUGUUCUUGGUGUCCAAAAAUGAUUUAGUAAAGGAAUACAUCUUUAAAGAACUGCAGAAACGUCUUCCAAGUCAUGCAAUCCCGGAUGAACUUUUGUUGAUUGAUUCUCUACCAUUUACAUCUCAUGGCAAAAUUGAUGUUUCAGAGUUAAACAAGAUAUAUUUAAACUAUUUAAACUUGAAGUCUGAGUGCAAACUCAAUGGAAAAGAGGAACUCUGGGGAAAAUUACAGUAUUUGUGGAAGUCUAUUCUGAAUCUCUCAGAAGAUCCUUUGAAGGUUCCUGAUGAGUCACUCUUUUUAAAUAGUGGUGGAGAUUCCUUAAAGUCCAUACGGCUCCUCAAUGAGAUUGAGAAACUAGUUGGCACAUCAGUACCUGGGCUUCUGGAAAUUAUUCUAAGCAGUUCCAUUUUAGAGAUUUACAAUCACGUACUUCAAACAGUGUUUCCAGAUGAAGAUCUGGUAUUUAGCAAGAAUUAUGCCACUAAAAGAAAAUUCAGCGACAUUAAUCAAGAAGAAACCAGUGGAGGAUCUUUACAUCAGAAAUCUGUCAUGACGUUAAGUUGUGACAAUGAGCUAACUGCUUUUACUGCAGUGAGCAGAGGGAGUCAGAUUUUGUCACUGAAUACUAAAUUUUUAACUAAGUUAGGACUUUGCUCUUCAGCCCAUUCUUCUGAAUUAAUUUCACAAACUAAUAUUCAAAAUGUGAAAAGCUUAAAUCCUUCAGCUCUUACUGGGAAGUCGAAAGACCCAUCCCAUGUUGCAGAAGUUUCUGAAGAGGGAACAUAUGUAAUAGCAGCCAAGAAAAUGGAGCUACAUGUGAGAUGGAGGUCAGACACAGGCAAAUGUGUGGAUGCUUCACCUCUAGUUGUAAUCCCCGCUGUUGAUAAGUCAUCCGCAACUGUGUACAUUGGCUCCCAUUCUCACAGAAUGAUGGCAGUUGACCUUCACUCUGGGAAGGUGAAAUGGGAACAGAUUUUGGGAGAUCGAAUUGAAUCCUCAGCAUGUGUAUCUAAGUGUGGAAACUUUAUUGUAGUAGGCUGUUAUAAUGGGUUAGUCUAUGUUCUGAGAAGUAAUAGUGGAGAAAAAUACUGGAUGUUUCCUACUGAGGAUGCUGUCAAAAGCUCAGCAACUAUGGAUCCAACCACAGGACUCCUUUACAUUGGAUCUCACGACCAGCAUGCAUAUGCCUUGGAUAUUUAUAAAAAGAAGUGUGUUUGGAAGUUAAAAUGUGGAGGAACUGUCUUUUCUUCCCCUUGUUUGAGCCUGAUUCCACAACAUUUAUAUGUGGCUACACUGGGAGGACAUUUACUGGCUAUAAAUCCUGCCACUGGGAACAGAGUUUGGAAACAUUCCUGUGGAAAACCACUCUUUUCUUCUCCACGGUGUUGCCUGCAGUAUGUUUGUAUUGGCUGUGUGGAUGGGAAUUUACUCUGCUUUACUCACUUUGGAGAACAGGUUUGGCAGUUCUCUACCAGUGAACCAAUCUUUUCAUCCCCAUGUGCCUCAGCCUCAGAGCAAGAAAUAUUUUUUGGUUCCCAUGAUUGCUUUAUCUACUGUUGUAAUAUGAAAGGUCACCUCCAGUGGAAAUUUGAAACUACUUCACGGGUGUACGCAACACCGUUUGCUUUCCGUUACCAAGAGGGUGACAGUGGAAUGUUGCUGGCAGCAGCAUCUACUGAUGGGAAGCUGUGGAUCUUGGACUCUAAGAGUGGACGACUGCAAAGAAUGAACAUCAGUGUGGAAAACAUGCAGUGGAGUAUUAAUUGCUUCCCACAGGAAUAAAAGAAAAUUAUUACACUGAUUCUUAACAGUUGGAAGGUCCAGUAUAUAGACAGUAUACUAAGUCCAGCUUGCAGGAGUACAACCGUCCGCGUGACCGUAUGUGCCACUGCUAACCACGAGGCUGAGCCAUGGUUUCCAGAAAAGAAAAUGCCUUCUCUGUGGUGAAUGGCAGGAAAGCAACAAUACAUCACCUGUCAGGUGAGCUCCGCAUAGAGGAAAAUGAUGAUGGAUACUGAUAAGAUGGGUUUUUGCAGGAGAGGGAAAAGGAAUGCAGUUCCCCAUGCAUUGGGCAAAGGAUGUAUACUUCUAUUAUGGAGUCAGAAUCUCAGAAAAGGAGAAUAUGCCAACACCAUGAAAUAUAAAGUCAGUAUUGGCAAUGUGUGGUUGGCUGGGAGGCCUGUGCUUCAUGCUUUUGAAUCACCGUGUCCCUUCUUUGGACCACACGGUUGGAGUAGCAAGGCCACUUAAGACUCGGAGAUGUUUUCAAAGAUAGCAAGGUGAAUGCUCAAAAUUAUAAACGCUAUUGAACAUUUGACUCUAAAUAUGAAUUACUCGAUUAUGGUAAAGAAACUUUCCACAGAAGUCCUUAGUACAAAGGCUCCAAAUCUUGGCUUCCUGUUAAAUUUUCCCUAAAGACCUAAGGGAAUACUCGAGACCUUCAAUGUCAGUAGCCUCCCCUAUCUUGUAGUAAAUGUCUGGUUUCGUGGAUUGGUUUUUUAAUUUUUCCUCUCACUUCUUUGGGUAAAAUGAGCCUCCCCUUCAGAGUUUUAAAAGCUAGAUUACCCUGGAAGCAGUGUAUCCCCAAGGUUCUCCUUUGGGAUGUAUCAGAAUUGGUCUGAAGAGUUUUGCCAGAAUAGACCUUCCUGGCCCAGACUCACAGGAUCGAAUUCGGAAGGCAGAAGAUGGGGCCAGGACAUCUUAAGAACCACUGCACUAGGUGGGGAUUCUCAGAGCUGGGAAGAGAAUCUGUGGCUUCCUUUCUUCAUGAUCCUAAAUAGAAAUGUUCCCUAGGAGCCACCUAGGCCAAAUGUUUAGCAUGUCCUGAAGGAGAGUACCAGUAUGACAGGACCUGUCGGACAUCAGUGUGGUGGAAGUGUGAACAGAUUCACUUUCUGUGUUACAGUUUCAGAUAGGUAGGAUUCAGAAAAGCAGACGUGGGCAGAGUUGGCAGCCAGACUGUUAGGAUUCCCAGUUACUCAAUGCAUUCAGGAGAACGGGCAUCUUGUUUCUGUCUGUAUGACCCCUUCUUUCGCCAUUACUGUAGAAAAGGAAAGAAACCACCAAACAUAUGGUAGGGUAAAUGUUCUAGAUAAAAGAAGUUGAAGAAUCAAAAAGCAAAGAUUGGCAAACGUCCUGUUCUAAAUGGUGUGUGGGUGUGUAUGUGUGGAAGGGCUGUGGUAGGGGCAUGGUAGGCUCUUGUGAAAAGUUCUUAGUUUGGAGAUUUUGCUUCACGUGGUCCCUCGGAUGGAAUUUUCUCUUGAGAACGAGGAAGAGCUCAAGGCACCAGGACCUAGGAUUGUGCAAAUACACUCUUUACAGGGAAUGCCACCGAUUCAGUUUCUGAACAUUAUUUUAGAGCCUAUAAAACAUGCUGCUUUUCCCUAGCGUGGUUUCUUUACCUCAUAUAAAAAAUAAAUAACAAGGGCAAGAGAAGAGCCAGUAACUGGCAGUAGGAGUGGAUAAAAGUCACUCUACUUAAUGAUCUGUGGACAGUCGCUCCAGGCCUUGGCUUUCCUUUUGGCCAAAGCCAGCCAGGCUGGUUCUGUUGACACGGGGGCAGCAUCUGGGGUUGAGAACCUCUUUGUGACUUCUUUCACCAGCGGCGCGGCAGGGGCUGAAUCCGAGAUCUCCACUGGAUUGGGUUUUGAAGGAAAAGGAUAAGAGUAAGUCAGAGCCACAUUCUGGUGUAUUAGGAGUGCAAGAUUCAGAAGGGAAACCCCGGUGAAACACUGGACAUCUUUAGUGAGAAGAAUUAGGGAAAGAAAGCAAUGUGAUCAGAACCACUGCAUACAGAAUUACAGUGCAGAAGCCUAAUUUUUUUGUGCACAGAAGCUAUGCCUACAUGAUAAGAAAUAAAAGGUAAAUGCUGUGGUUCUAGUUAUCCAACCAGUCAGUUCCAUGAAGAAAAACAUCAAACCAGCAGUCUGAAUUUAUUGAACUGGUGAGGUCAAAACUCACGCUCCCCACCAGGCAGGGCCCGGGGUGCCCCCUGCCCGAGGCCCCGGCUCCCGCCAGCCCUCACCACGUUAAGGCUUGCCCCCCAGUUCUUCCUGUACCAGACCUUAGAGGCUUCUUAAGAUGAGGGAUCUGGACUUUGCCCAUGGCAAUGGCCUACACAUGAACAGAACUCGGGAAAUACUGAUGGAAAAGACAAAUACAUCAGAACAAAAGUUUGCUUCAGUGAGCUGGAGCCACUCUCUGGCACGGCCACAGAAGUCAGGCAGAGAAAGGUGUGAUCUCUGACUUUGGAAUUUUAUUCUGAAAGAAUGAUCUCUCUGACACACCCAGAUGGUUAGAACCCUCAAGUCUCGGGUGUAAGAUCGUAUGGAAUUAUGCCCAUGAAGGUUCUUGAAAAAUUACAUAGUGCUCCAAAGUGGUUUUCAAAUAUAGUUGUUUUUCUCCUCACCAAAACAGUAUAUAGAGCUUUAAGGGCGAGACCUCUUUACAUUUCCAUACCCAAGCUAGCAGGUAACAAAGGCAUAAAACAGCCUAGGUCUCCAGGGUGGGUGCCCUCUAGGGCCCAGGUGGCCCAGAAGGGAAAACAGACGCCCUGCUAACCCCUGGGAGGAAGCUUGUUCCAACUCCUAUCCAUCCUUCAAGUGAUUUGUAACAAGGAAAUAGUUGGAAACAUCACAGGAUCACUUUAACAGAAUAAAGAAUCUUUUAAAAAAUGUCUUUUGUGUGUCAUGAAUAUAUUAACAGCAAUGUUUCAUAAAGGACUCAGCUGAAAAACCUUGCUCUAAAGUCCUGCUGGUCAGAAACUUGCUAUUUGAAAUCCCACCAGUGAGUAGACACCGUCUCACUUUUGCCUGGAAACAGGACCCUGAGUCCACUCUUGAUCUCAGGUUUGAAAUCAACCCCUUUAUAUACAACUCCUGCUCGGUUCUGAACCCGCCAAAACCCCAUUCCACUUACAUUUUACCUAAACUUCACCCUUUCCCCCAAAUCCUAUUAUAAUCUUGCCUCUUCCCUUUUUUUUUUUUUUAAAGAUUUUAUUUAUUUAUUUGAGAGAGAGAGCAUGAGGGGGGGAGGGUCAGAGGCAGAAGCAGACUCCCUGCCAAGCAGGGAGCCCGAUGCAGGACUCGAUCCCGGGACUCCAGGAUCAUGACCUGAGCCGAAGGCAGUCGCUCAACCAGCUGAGCCCCCCAGGCGCCCUUGCCUCUUCCCUUCUUGAGAUGAUUCUCACGGUCUCUAGUCUCCCUCGCAGGAGGAAGUUAAUGAACCUCAUGUUGCUAGACUAGAGGCAGUGGGGCAUGGAGAGGGCUCGUUCAACAUGAAGUGAUGGGACCAGUUGACAGCACACGGGGAGCUUGAAACUGGCCACAGUGGGAGGAUUUACCCCACGAAAACUGUCAGAUGCUACAAAUCCCAGGUCUCCCCACUCCCUGAAGGGUGACUGUUAGCCAUUUACCAUCACCACUGAUGGGGAGUCCCACUGGGCUUUACCAGAUGAGCUUUCUCAAAGGGUGGCCUUGUGGGGUUGUGAGGCAGCCUGGGCCCUGGAGGGCCACGUGCGCUGACCUUGUACUCACACUCAAGGACAGAAAGCAGCUGCGAGACCAGCCGUGGACCUGCUCUCCCUACCUGUCAC